ACACUACAUUCCCAUUUACCUCUAUUCUUCUCUCUCCAUAAUCUUCUUGGAUACACCAACCCACCACCAUUAAACUCCCCUAUGCUAGCAUAUACUCAUAGUAAUCAAUGAUCACUUAUUAUAGGCCUACUAGAACUUAAUAUAUACUUCACCGACUAUCUAUAUAUCCUUCAGAAGUUGGAGGACUCACAUGCACUUUAUGCAAUCAGCCACUUCCUUUCACAGUGUAGACUGAUGGGCUUCAUCUUCAUCACAAUCCUCAAAAGCUGAAACCCCAGAGAGAGAGAGAGAGACAGAGAGAGAAUGCAGCUUUACUCUAAGAUGCUGGCAAUCUUAGCAGUUCCCGCAUGUCAAGCUUUUCUUCUUCCCUUAGCCGCUCAUCAACCUGGUGAGGCGAACCAGAUUCAAGGCCACAAGAACGCUCGCCAAAAUCUUCACAAGAUGCAUGCGAAGAUAAACAAGGACAUAGCAAUGCACGGGCUUCUGCUUUGGUCAUCGAUGGGUUUCUUAAUGCCUCUCGGAAUACUCGUAAUCCGAUUGUCCAUUAGAGAGGAAAACCGCGCCCGGGCCAAAGCGUUCUUCUACAUUCAUGUCAUCUUGCAGGUCCUCUCACUACUCCUUGCCACAUCUGGAGCAAUACUAUCAAUCAAAACCUUUGAAAAUUCAUUCGACAACCAUCAUCAGAGAAUAGGCCUCAUUCUCUAUGUAGCCAUUUGGGUACAAGCCUUGACUGGACUCCUGAGACCCCGUAGGGGGACCAAAAGGAGAAGCACUUGGUACUUCUCGCAUUGGAUUCUCGGAACGGCCGUUUCGCUUCUGGGGAUCAUCAACAUCUACACAGGUAUAAUGGCCUUUCAUGACAAGACAUCAAGAGCCACGUGGGUGUGGAACAUCCUCUUCACCGCCCAAGUCUCCCUAAUCGCCUUCUUGUAUCUCUUCGUCGAGAAAUGGGACUACAUGAGGAGACAAGGCGUUGCCUCAGGCGGCGACCCAACCACGCCCUCGCCUAACAAUUUGACGAGCACCCAAGUCGAGAGCGGGAAGGAGUUGGUGCUCGUGCCAUGUUCGAAACAUAACGCUCUCAAGAACUUGUUUGAUUAGUUUGCACGCCGACAUCAUCUGAAUCGUCAAGUCCGAUGGAUUUUACACAGGAUCCGUCGGAAUCAACGGUUAAAAUCCAUUUAGAUACAUACAUCGGUACAUUUUUCUUUCUCUUGUUUGAUUUUUCAAAUUUUUUUUCCGGGUUUUUGGGAGCAUCGACCCUAAUUUCUUCUUCUCUUUGAUUGUUUGCUCUCUACAAUAGUAAAUUGUUUUGAGGCUUGAACUCCUAAAGGCUCCUCUCAAAGUUUGAAAAAUUAGCACGAAUACGACUCAUUUGGAUAUCACGAUACACAUCAAUCCUUGGAAGAAGAGGAACUAAUUAUUCAAGGGUCUUUGGUGUGUUGGAUGAAUUCACAUGAAUCGGAUUCGUGCAACAUGGGGUCCUGUGUAUAUAUUUGUUUGAAUAAGGGAGUUUAAUAGUACCAAAUAUGUCAUGGGGUCUAUAUAUAUGUAUUUGAGAUAUUCUUCUGUAUUGGUUUGGUUCCCAAUUUGUGUUUAGAGAUUUUACUUUCCUGUGGACAACCGUGAGUUCAGAUAUGGUAAGUGUGACGCGAUAACGGAAGGCAUGUGCGAGAAUGAAGCAAUAAAAUUUUGGAAAAUGCUAUUAUAA